AUGGCUCCCAAGGCAGAGAAGGCCCCGGCAAAGAAAACCGCCAAGAAGGUGGCAGAGAAGCGCAGCGCAGGCACGAGGAAGAAGGUCGUGAGCAAGGCCGAGACCUACAAGAUCUACAUCUACAAGGUGCUGAAGCAGGUGCACCCUGACACUGGUAUCUCCUCCAAGGCCAUGUCCAUCAUGAACUCCUUCAUCAAUGAUAUCUUUGACAAGAUGGCUGGGGAGACUGGCAACCUUGCGCGGUACAACAAGAAGCCCACGGUCACCAGCCGCGAGAUCCAGACCGCCGUGCGCCUGAUCCUGCCCGGUGAGCUGGCCAAGCAUGCCGUGUCUGAGGGCACCAAGGCUGUGACCAAGUUCACUUCUGGUUAA